AUGAAAUUAAGUAAAUUUAUAAUUCUAAUUAUAUUUUUAAUAUUUAUAAUAAAAUCGAAUGGAGAACAAACAUCAUCAUCAGUGGAAAUUGAUGAUGAUUCAAAAUGCUAUGGAGAAACAAUGGAAACAUGUUUUACAAGUGGUUCAUGUUGUAUUUGGUGUGGAUCACCAAAAAAUACAACAAUUACAAAAGUUGCGGGUGUAUGUUUUUUACAAAGUUCACUAUCCAGUUGUCCACAAGACAUUUUGACGUUAACAGGUGAUAAAUGUAAUGAAUAUAAUAGUGCAUCAUGUACUUGUAGUUUCAGGAAUACAACAAAUAGUAUUAUUAGUUCAUCAUCAUCACCAUCAUCAUUACCACCAAUUAACUAUAGUUUAAUAUUUAUUUCAAUUGUAUUGAUUUUCCCAUGUAUUUUCUACUCUUCCUUUUAA